AUGGAAGAGAGGGAAGAAGAGAAAGUAUUUAUAUAAUAAUUACAAAAAUUUUGGGAAUAAAGAGGUGUAACUAUUAAAAUACCUUAAAUUGGUGGUAGAGAAUUGGAAGUUUUUAAACUAUAUAAAGCAGUCACAAAAAGAGGAGGUUUAAAAGUUGUAUCAGCCAAUAAAUUAUGGAAAGUAAAAUUUAAUUUUGAUCUGAAAAGGAAAUAGUAGAUCAAUUCUCUUUUCCAGCUACAUGUACAUCAGCCUCAUUUACUCUAAGAAAUCAUUAUUAAAAAUUGUUAUUGGCAUAUGAAUAAAAAUAUUUCUUUGGAAAAGAAGAUGGCUAUAUAUAUGAUGAAGAAAUGAGCUCAAAUAGAAAGAAAGCUAAAAUAGGUUUUGAAGAAGAAGUUUAAUAAGCUAGUUAUGCGUAAUAAUAAUAUCUAUUAAAAAGUGUAGAAGCAGAAGAUAGAUAACAUUAAUUAGAAUUUAGUGGAUAACCUCUUAGUACACUUUUGAAUUAAAAUUAUUAAAAAGUAGAAAAAUCAGAAACAAUAUUUUUUAUUAAGAAAUCAAAAAUAUAAGCAUAAGCAAGUGAAGUUAAAAGAAUUAUGCUUGCUUUUGAAAGUAGAAUUGAUGAUGAACUUACAUUUGCCAUUAAUAAUUUAUUAAUGUAUUCUUGUAAUUAUUCAGUAUUACUAUUAAUAUUAAUUAUUUUAGCAAAGUUUUCUCAUUGAUUAAUAUCCAUAAUUACUUGAUACUAUUACUUCUUAUAUUGAAGAUACUAUUAAAUAAAUUAGUUACCUAAAUAAAUCUUACUCUUUUAAAACUUGUCUUUAAACAGUAGGAUAACAAUAAUUAGAGAAUUUAGGAUAAUCAUAAAGAAAAUCAAUGCAAGUUCAAACUGAUUUAAUUAAAAAUCAGAAUGUAUAAGAAAAUUAUAAUUCUCAUAUAUCAUUUAUUAUGAAUGAUCAAAUGACUGAAAUGGUGAAACCUAGUGAAUUAAUCUAUAAGAAAAAAUAUAUUGAUUUAAUUUAAGGGAAUUAUGAAAAAAAAGCAGAAUGUAAACAUUUGGAAAAAUUGAGAACUUUAUUUGUAACUUUGAGAAAUUUGGUUAUGAUUAGAUCUAAUGAAACUUGUUUUAUGAAACAAGAUAAAUUAUUAUCCUUUUUUUAUUAAAUUCUUUUGUCUGGAGCAGAUUAAGAAUUAUCUAAAUCAACAUUAGAAAUAUUCUCAAUCUUAUCCAAACAUAUACAUCUAAAAUAAUCAGUCUAUAUGGAUGCAUUUAUGUAAAAAUUAAUAGAAAUACUAAAUGGUGAAUCAUACGAAGAUAUAGGUUUAGUAACUGAAACUUUUAGAAAUAUGAUAUCUAUAUCUGAUAAUGAAGCAAUUAUUGAAGGAGCUAUAGGAGAAUAUAUAGAUUAAUUAGCAAGAUUAUUAAUAUAUCAAAAUUAAGAAUUAAGAGAAAUAGUUUUAGAGUUUUUCUGUUACUUAAGUGAUUUAAAAAUGACAACAAGAUUAUCCAUAGCUAAACAUCCUAAAAUAUUAUAAAGACUAGUUGCCAUAUUGAGUAUUGGAUAAAUUAAAAUAAAUUCUCUAAAAUAAUAAGAGUAAAGAAAUAAUCAGGAUAAAAUCAAUGAAAAACAUGUUAAAUUAGCAGCUAUCACUCUCAAUAAUAUAUCAUAAGCUCCUGCUGCAAAAUAAUAUUUGCUUAUUUUUGAAAAGUAAAUAUUUUAAUUUUAAUUUGAGGGAAUUAUUUUUGGUUGCUGCAUCUGAUGAAACAGUUACACCUUUGCUUUCAUAAAUCCUUUUUGAGUUAUCAUUAGUAGAAUGA